GUGCGCCCCAGGGGCGAGGCCCCGAGCCGGCCCGGGAGCAAACGGAGUCCGGCAGAAGUGGCUGCGCUAGGAGCUAAGUCUUUUCCCGGAUCAAGCUCUGAACGUGGCGAGAAAGCCUUAGGUGGACUCGAGGCGCCUGCGGCCGGCGGACAGCGGGCCCCACGGAAAAGUGGGGGCAGAAGUUGGGAGGUGAAAGUUGGGAGGCCCACUCGUGGCUUUCACGCAGGAUUGGAUCUCCAUUUCUUCUGGGGCAGACGGGAGCAACUGCCCCAUCAGCUUUAGGGGGCCAGCCGAGGCUUCUGUGCCUUAAGACUGCCGGGGUUCUCAGCACCUGCCCAGCGCUCCGGGCGAGGCCGUGGCCAUGGUGAAUGAAGAUCCCAACCUGGAGGAGCGAGAUGGCACCCCCGAACGGGAGGCGGCGUUCCGGGAGGACCCCAGCAUUUCUGCCCACCCCAGCGUCUCGGCCCAUCCCAGCAUCUCCACGGAACCCAGCGUCUCGGCCCAUCCCAGCGUCUCCUUCCACCCCAGCUUCUCUGCAAACCCCAGCAGUUCAGCCUUCCCCAGUACCGCGGCACCUGGUGUCUUGGCCCAACCCAGUAGCUCGGGCCCCGAGGACCUCAGCACGAUCAAGGUGAGCAAGCGCCGCUGGGUGGUGGUCCUGGUGUUCAGCUCUUACUCCAUGUGCAACGCCUUCCAGUGGAUCCAGUAUGGCUCCAUCAAUAACAUCUUCAAGAACUUUUACGGCGUCAGUGCCUUUGCCAUCGACUGGCUGUCCAUGUGCUACAUGCUGACCUACAUCCCUUUACUACUGCCGGUGGCCUGGCUGCUGGAAAAAUUCGGCCUGCGCACCAUCGCCCUGACUGGCUCCGCUCUCAACUGCCUGGGGGCCUGGGUGAAGUUAGGGAGCCUGAAGCCACAUCUCUUCCCAGUCACUGUGCUGGGCCAGGUCAUCUGCUCCGUGGCCCAGGUCUUCAUCCUGGGCAUGCCGUCCCGCAUCGCUUCUGUCUGGUUCGGGGCUAACGAAGUCUCCACGGCCUGCUCCAUAGCUGUCUUUGGCAAUCAGCUCGGAAUCGCGAUUGGGUUCUUGGUCCCUCCUGUUUUGGUACCCAACAUCGAAGACCAGGACAAGCUUGCCUACCACAUCAGCAUCAUGUUCUAUAUCAUAGCAGGUGUCGCCACUCUGCUUUUCAUCCUUGUCAUUAUUGUAUUCAAGGAGAAGCCUAAACAUCCACCCAGCAGGGCCCAAUCCCUGAGCUAUUCCUUAGCAACCACUGAUGCUUCGUACUUAAGUUCCAUCAUCCGGCUCUUCAAAAACCUCAACUUCGUGCUGCUUAUCAUCACCUAUGGUCUGAAUACUGGGGCUUUUUAUGCCUUGUCCACUCUGCUGAACCGCAUGGUGAUCUUGCACUAUCCGGGGGAAGAGGUGAAUGCUGGGAGAAUAGGCCUGACCAUUGUCAUUGCAGGAAUGCUCGGGGCUAUGAUCUCAGGCGUCUGGCUGGAUAGGUCCAAAACCUACAAGGAGACAACGCUGGCGGUCUAUAUUAUGACUCUGGUGGGCAUGGUGGUGUACACAGUGACCUUGAGCCUGGGGCACCUGUGGGUCGUGUUCAUCACAGCUGGCACACUGGGGUUCUUUAUGACUGGCUACCUGCCGCUGGGAUUUGAGUUUGCCGUGGAGCUGACCUAUCCAGAAUCGGAAGGCAUAUCGUCUGGCCUCCUCAACGUGUCUGCUCAGGUCUUUGGGAUCAUCUUCACCAUCUCCCAGGGCCAGAUUAUCGAGAACUACGGAACCAUGCCCGGGAACAUCUUUCUGUGUGUUUUCCUUACCCUUGGAGCAGCCCUCACUGCAUUCAUCAAGGCUGAUCUCCGGAGGCAAAAAGCAAACAAAGAAACUCCUGAGAAUGUUGUUCCAGGAUUUCACUACGGCAACCAAGUCCUUGUGCACUCAGGCCAGAAACUCCAGGAAGAGGAGGAAAAGGAGGAAAAGGAGGAGAACAAUACCAGCAAAGCACCCACCACUGCAUCUGAGGAGCACCUCUGAGAGAAAAAGGUGGUUGCGACUCAGGGAACACAGAACAUGCCCCCCCGGCCCCUUUCAGCCAGCAUGGCUCCCUCUGCCAGCACAAAGGUCUUUGCCAGCAGAUUCUGGAGAGGACUGGCUGGAAUAUUUGUGGCUUGGAUGGCGGUGCCUAUGCUUCUGGAACCCACUCAAGAGCUUGCAUAGUCUAGCUGGGGAAAAUCAUACCUUUUGCCCCGUGCAGAUUUGAUUCCCACUACCUCCCCUUCUAAGCUCUGAGAGCUGGCAUUGGGAGAGGCUGGUAAGUGGUGGGGUCGAUCCUGGCUUUGCACCUUGCCUUCCCCACCCUCACCUCCAUUCCUCAUGGAGAAAGUCUGCCAGAUUAUCACAGAAAGAAAGCUUAUUCAGGAUAUUAACUUUUUUCUGGUGUCUCAAGACCCUUAGAAGCCCAAUUCUAAGGAGCAGCAGCUGUUCUGGAAGAGUCAUUGCUGGGUCAUCAGACUGACUGCUAGGUUGCUGUGGGGAAGAAAGCACCAUUGAAGAAAUCCAGGGGCACUCUGGGCCUAGGUUCUCAUGGCCUAAUGUUGGGGUCUGUCUCCAAACCCUCUGUCCUAACAGCUGAUCAAACCAAAUGUCAAUAAAUUUGAGAAAGA